UAUGACGAUCAAUUUGGUUACGUUGACCCAUGAUGCAUUUCGCUUCCGCUGUGCAACGUAGGCAGUCUCCAAUCUGCAAUCCCUCAAUAUGGCUACUGUUUGAUAGGAGACACCAUUAGGAUUGUAUGUCUAUGGAAGCUUUUAAAAUAUACUAUUGAAUAAACUUACCUUGGUGUCCUGCUAUCUGUAAAUACAUUCUGUUUUUUCGUUCACCACUUUUAAAGCAGCUCGCAUCCUUAAAUAACCAGGUAAAAUGGCCAGUCCACGCACCAGAAGAGUUUUGAAGGAGGUGAGAACACAGGACGAAAACAAUACUUGUUUUGAAUGUGGAGCAUUCAACCCCCAGUGGGUGAGUGUUACGUAUGGAAUCUGGAUUUGCCUGGAAUGUUCUGGAAAGCACAGAGGUUUGGGGGUGCACCUCAGCUUUGUGCGCUCCGUCACCAUGGACAAGUGGAAGGACAUAGAGCUGGAGAAGAUGAAGGCGGGGGGGAACGGAAAGUUCCGGCUGUUCCUCGAGCUGCAGGACGACUACGACGCCAGCUGGACCAUGCAGGAGAAGUACAACAGCCGGGCGGCGGCUCUUUUCCGAGACAAGGUUGCGACCGUAGCCGAGGGCAAGGAGUGGUCAAUCGAGACGUCUCCCGCCAAAGACUGGACGGCCCCUCAGCCCAAGAUGGGUCUCUCUUCUGCUCACCGCAGCUCUGCUGGACCUGGGCAGAGUUCAGGACACUCUUCAGACAAGGCCUUUGAAGACUGGUUGAGUGAUGAUGUCAACUCCUACCAAAGCGGCGGCGGUUACAGCGGUCAGGAGAACCGCUACGUCGGCUUCGGGAACACGGUCGCCCCCCAGAAGAAGGACGACGACUUCCUGAACAACGCCAUGUCCUCCAUCUACUCGGGCUGGAGCAGCUUCACCGUCGGAGCCAGCAAGUUCGCCUCGGUCGCCAAAGACAACACAACAAAACUUGCAACCCAGGCCACCCAAAAGCUAAGGGGCUAUAGGCCGCCACCAGAACCGGCCACAGAGUUAGGCCAGCAAUUAAAUGAGAAUGUAAUCAAACCUACUACAGAAAAGGUGAAAGACGGGAAGUUGCUAGACGAGAUGACCACCGGCUUCACGGGGCUGGCGACCAAGGUCCAGGGAGCUGGUGCAAAGGGUUGGAAAGACAUGACCACCUUCUUCUCGGGGAAAUCUGAAGAUUCAGCUGACGGGACCCCGACGGGAGAGGGCUACCAGAACAUGGGCGAGUCGGAGGGGUACCAGAACAGCGGCGGCGGCGGCGGCGAGGGCGAGGUGGGCCAGGGCUUCUGGGAGACCUUCGGGAGCGGGUCCAAGCCCAAGGCGUCGCCCAGCACGGACAGCUGGACCAUCGCCGACAACUCGGCGGAGAAGAAGAGCUCGGACAGCUGGGACCAGUGGGGCUCGGAGGCGGGCGCCAACAACAAGCACAGCACCGGGGACAGCUGGGAGGCCUGGGACAACAACUGGGACAGCGCCGAGGCCAAGGCCAAGAAGACCCCCCCGAAGCAGGCCGAGGAGGCCUGGGGCAACGCCGACUGGUAGACCACGACCACCGGCACCGGCACCCACCCGUCCGCUCCACCUUAUCUGGCCUAAAAUGCAUAGGGUCCUAAAGAGCCCUCUGUCUGAAGGUGGUGCAGUCAGAUAGCUGUAUUUGGACACCUUUACGUGUAUACAUGUAUCCAUGAAUCUAGGGUUUUGCCUUUAUGACCUUGUAUGUGUAUAUAUAUACACACACACACACGUACGUACAAACAGUAUAGUAUGUGUGUGUGUGUGUACUUUAAAAAAGCAACUAAAUGUGUUACAUUUCCCGUGAGAUCUGUCACAAUUGGGUAGUACAAAUUUUUACAGGAAUACAAAAACUAGUGGAGCCUAGUAGCCAUUGUUGGAAAGGGCAGAAUUGACGGUUUAUUUUUAUAUUCGCACACUCCAUUAAGUACGAGUGUGGAAACACACACAUGCUGUCGUCGGUGAUAAAAAAAAGUCUUUGAGGUGUAAACAAAUGUAUCUUUUUUUGACUGCACCUAAAUUUUGUAUCGAGGCUCUUCGUCCACAGUAGCGUGGCUAAGUAUAUUCAUCAGUUAAGUUGAACGAGUGAAGUUUCUGUAACGUCACUGCGUACAGCUCCGACUUCACAGAAACAUUGAAAUAUGAAUCGUGUGCUGCCAGACUAUUGGUAAGCAGUUUGUAUUUUGUUUCGAUCCUCUUAAAAAUGAAAAAGCUGCAUCUCUUUAGAGAUUUGGAUUUUGGGUGGGUUCCCAGGUUUAAAAGUGAUUAGGAGUGUAUAAAGAGGUGAAUCAGCCAGUCUGAGAGCCUUCUGUGACUCAGACUCAGUGGUCUGGAAGCCAGCAGCUUGCUUUGUGUCGUCUCCACUACCACCUCCCCGCAGCUGUAGUGGGUGUCAUACGUUGCGUUCUUAGUGUGUUAAUCAUCUCUCAAACUGCACUCCUGCUGAGUCAGUUAUUUGUGUGUGUCUGUUAUUUUGUGUGUGUGUGUCUGUCUGUCUCUCUCUGAACGCACUUUCACACUAGGAUGUCCUCACCUGUCAUACCCUUCCCAAAUGUCAGAGGGCAGGGGCUGAUCAAGCUUUUAAAUGUGUGCAUGUACAUUUUGCCGGUAUGAGAGAAAUGGCAUCCUCAUGCUUGGAACACAUUUACCUCAUGAGAGAUUUAGCUGAUGGACAUUAACCACGGAAGACCAUUCAUUGCAUUGCUUGAACUGUGAUCCCACACAAACUCACAGCAAAUGACAUAUUCAAACCUUGGAACCCCCUUUCCAUAUUUGAAUUUAACUAUAAUUCCAGUUUUAUUCAUUUUGCUUUUAUUUUUCUUAGAAUCUUCAGCAUAUUUGCAACUUUAGGUUUCUUAAGGGUUAAGUGUGGAAUGGUAUCAGUGGUAGCAAGCUGGUGUUAAAGGCACUGUACGAUUACAGUGGAAUACCCCGAGGGAAAUAUCAUGGCUACUGUGGGUCAGGUUGAGAUUGCAUCUCUGCCUUUCCACUAAGAACAACCAACAAAGCUGCAUUUCUCCUACGCACAUCUUAUAAUUAAAGUUUUAUUCUUUAUUGAAAAUGUCUCCCCCCCCCCAAAGUAGAGUAAUAUAGAAGAGUAAGGAAACUGGUUUUGCUAACUAUCUGGAAAGCUGGUAUUAAAUUGUUGACAAAGCCAAUGGCUGUUUACAGUGGAAUAGCGUAUUCAUGUGUCCUCCACCGACAGUGACGAACACCGUUUACUUCACUCCUGUCAGCAUCUGUUCAGAAUGGCUGACCCCCCACGCGCCUGUGGUUUCUCAUCCGUGUCAUCACUGCUCUUAAACAGCCUCGCGAGUGGUCCGGGUACGUACUGUCAUCUCGCUUGUGAGUUGUGCGAGUUUGUAAACGUGCGUGCACGCGCGUGACUAUCGUUGACGUAAAUUAGUCACUUUUUUCCGCGUAGGUAUCGGCAAGGUUAUUUUACAGUGCUUUCUUGUUCGCCGUUUUCAUUUUCAUCUGAAAAUCUUUAGCAGAAUUUUACCUGGCGUGGCAUGCACUGUCUAAUAAUGACGGGCCGGUACGCAGCAGCACAGGGAAAGGGUUAGGAGGGAAGGUGCAUGUGUUUUAUACAAAACCUGAAUUCCGUAAUUCGUUUUGAAGCGAAGCAGAUUUACCACUUGUUUAAUUAAUGUGGCAUCUGUGCAGAGCUCGUGUGACGCAUCUAACUCACGGAUUACGCUCGUUUUUUAUUUAAAUUAGCUGGUAAUAAAUGUACUUGUUAUAAGCCUUACAGAAAAAAAAUACCAUGCCUCUUUAUGAACAGAUCUUUGACAUUUUCGUUGUUAACAGUUUGGUGCUUUGUGCGUGAGUGUACGUUAAUUUCUAUCUCCUCUGAAAUGCAUGUAAAAUCAAGGAAGAAAAAAAAUCAACCUACACAAAAGAUCAAAUGGACAAUGUCUGGAUUUUCCCUCUAAUUCUUGUCGUGUAUUUACUGAAACGGUCCCUAAAAUUUGUGUAUGAUUUUAAAUGUACGUGUUGUAUGAAUUUAGGAUCCAAGAUGUAUUCUAUACAGUAGACUGAGAAUCUGAACCAGUCCAUUGAACCUGAACCCAUUCAUACAAAGUGCAAUUGGGAUGUGAACUGUAUCCAGAUUAUCUGGGAGAAUCUCUGCUGGCUGAAUUCCAAGAGAGAUUUUUCCAUACAUGAAGUUCAACACAGAUCGCUGUUAUCCCUGGUGAAUAUUUUGAAGAAAAAAUUCAUUCAGUUAAUACAUACCGUCACAGUAAAACCUUUCCAAACUUCAUGAGGACUUUGUACAAGCAGGAUAAAAUUGCCUCAGCAUGUAACUAUAUUUAAGUGGAUUAUUUUUACUAGCCAAUACAUUGAUUUUUUUCAUAUUGUAAUUACUAUUAAACAAUGUUUACUAAUGUAGCACAUUUCUUUUGUUGCAACAUUUUCCUGCCAAUUUUAAAACAUGCGCGCAAAAUAACAAGGAGGGUUUGACUUCUAUCUGGAGCUGACAUGGGUACAAUAGACCUUUCAGUGUUGUGCAAACUGUACUUAUGUAGUGGAAAUUGAAAUUGGCUGACUCUUUCCAAACAAAAGGUUUGAUAUUUCAACAGCAAUAUAGUGCACUCUGGUUUUGGAUUGCAUUGAUCGCUUUCAAGGGGAAAAAGAUUAUAUCUUAAAAAGAAUCUCAUGAAAUGGCUGGUUCACACUAUUUUUUUUUUUUAUUAUCUUCCUGUUGUCGGUUGUAGAUUUGUGGCAUCUGAACAGUGUAGAACAGGUCAGUGUUGUAUAUAUUUCACCUCGAUAUCUCACUGCUCCGCAUCACCGAGUGAACUUGCCACUUCGAAACUCUUUCUUCUCUUGUCUCUUUUCUUCUCGUUUAACUGGUUUCUGUUAAGAUUCAGAUUCGUGUUUGUUUCAUGAUUUGUAUUGAACUGUUUUUCCUUUAUUAAGUGCGUUUCCUUCCCCUUCCUAUGUGUAUGAGAAGCAUUCCAUGGGUGGAGAGAAGUUCAGUUCAUUGUGCUGGGUCAGUGUGCAAUAUUACUGCAUUCCCCCCCUCGGGUGAACCUCCCCCAACACUCAAAGCAAGACGAACCCGGACAGUGUGCAAGCCCUGUACAACACACGGGCUGCUGUUAUCCUGCUGUACAUUGUCUGCUGUCUGGGAAAAUAUUCUAAAUAAAGAAAUAAACAUUU